AUGAAACGCUCUUUAUUAUUGGCUCUUUGGAGCACAGGCGUCUUGGGUGGCCCUUGCAAGCCAUCCAAGCCCUCGGAAACUUCAGUUUCCGACAGCACACCUACCCAAAGCAAUCACAUCUCAUUGGGACUUUCAUCCACAUAUCUUGACUUAACGAAAACGGGCCAAGAUGGUGAGCAUGAAACCACAACAGGGACCUCUCCUCACGAGAGCGGUCAGAUCUCAGUAUCCAUUCCUUUCUCUGAGUCUGACAUGAACACACACACACAAGACGCGGGAUCAAAUACCAUUGGGCUUCCAGAGGGUUCCGUGACUGGUACAGGACCUCUCCCAGAACCUACAUCAGAGGGUGGUAGUGUACCGGGAACCGUCACCGGUGAUGGCGAAUCUGAAGAGACGUCUGGAGGUGCGGGUAACUCCGGAUCUCCUUCGUCUCCCCAGACUGAGGGAUCUUUCCCCACCGGUACUGCUGACGUCCCUGGAGAGCAGUCUGGUACUGCCACCAACCCUGACGCUUCUGGCACUGCUACCAGACCCGAGGGUUCCGAGAAUCAAUCUGGCACUGCUUCUGGUUUCCCUGAACAAUCUUCUGGCACUCUAGUCAAUACUGAAGUUUCUGGUCAACCGACUGGAACUCCCGAUGUACCAGGAGAACCUGGAACUACGGAUGUCGACACAGCAACCAACCUUCCCACUACUAUCCCUAGUGGCGCUCCUGGCGGCGCAUCUGAUACUGCUACCAACCCUGAGGGUUCUGGUCCAUCUGGUACUGCUACAGUGCCAGGAGAGCCUGGAACUACAGACAGCCCAACUGGGAUCUCUGAGGGUGUUUCCGAUAGUCUAUCUGGCACUGCUACAGUCCCAGGCGAAGUUGACAUCACUGUGUCUGGUGGAGUUCCUGGCGGCGCUUCUGGCACAUCGCCCCCAGGCAGUGAUGUCAACCCAACUGAAGUUGCCACGGAUGGGACCAGCAACGGAGGUCCAGCUGUCUCCCACGAUCCCACCAACACACCGGGAUCGCCAGAAGAGACUGUCUCCAACUCGGCUACUGGCACUGAGCAAGGUCAAGGCACUGCAACACAAACCGACGCAGCUCCCGGCACAGAUGUAGCACCAACUGGUACAGACACAUCAAUUGCUGGCCCUGACCAGCCUGCCACUACUGCUCCUGGGAACACCCUUCCAAAUGAUCAGGGGACUAUGACCCAGAGCAAUGGUGACGAGUUCACAUCCGCCGCCUCUGGAGACGCUACCGAAGAUCAUUCAGGCGCUAUCACAACCGAUGCCAAUGGUGUGCCCACCACUCUUCCUGGAAACCAAGACGAGACUACUGGAUCCCCAGAUCAGCCAACUGGUGCUUCGAGUGACCAGAACUCAGAUGGUAACAGCAAUGAGACUUCUCUAGGUCAAGAGGACCCCUCAGCUACCAGCACCACUGACGGUAACGCUGCUCAGCCAACAACUGAGGGGGAGGAGAUUACCACCAAUCCUGUUGCUGAUAACACCGAUGCCUCAUCUACUGGAUCUUCUGAAGUCAACAACGGUGCUACUACAACCGGAGCCGGGCCUGUUGAGACAACGGACUUGAAUGGUGUCCCAUCAACAACAGUGCCUGCUCCAUCUGCCACUGUCAACCCUGUCACCAGCGCCGCAACAACUGGCACUGACAUGCCGGUCGUGACAGAAGCCCCUCCUGGUUUCAACCCCAGCACUGUUAGUGGACACCCUGAAUGGACUACCAACACCUGGAUCACCACUACUACUUCAGAGGGUUCUGACCCAACAGUUGUCCCAGUCCUCGUCGGCUGUAAUAACUGUGGUGGGGGUGGCUCUGGUAUCAUUCUCUGGGGCUUCCCUCCUGUCAUCAAUACUUGGUUCCAGCUUCCUAACCUGCCCAAGUUUUCUUUCCCUUGCAUCCCUCCUGCUUCCGGUUGUACAUCAACGCCCGUUACUGAAGAGACUGGAGACGACAAUGAUGACGACGACGACGAUGAUAAGUCUUCUUCAACUACCUGCACUGAUAAGGCUACUGUUACCGAUUGCUUUGUUGCAUGCACGACAUAUACUGGCCCAGCAGGAGCAUCUGUUACCCCGGAGUGUCAAACAACCUGCACCAAGACACAUACAGGAUGCAGCGUCACUGGCACAACAACUACAUCUUCUGCAGCGGCAUGCGGACCCUCUGGUGACAGCGAGUGCACCACAUGUAACGUUGAUCUUACUGCCAACGAUGAUUCCGAGUCAUUGAAGCGACGAUCUCUUGAGCGAAGAGGCGGCGUGGAUAUCAAAAAGAACAUUGCAGGUUGCGAUUGGUCCAACACCCCAGUUGGCGCACCAAGAUUCCCCGCGUACCCAGGUGGAAACCUUGUUUUGAACAACGAGGCAGCCAUUGUGUCUCAGAGUUCUCCCUUGAAUCAGAUUAAGAGAUGGUGGCGAACAACGCGCGACACCAACUGUGUGCCGUCUCUCAACAACAUUGGCGAGGCUUCAUAUCCCAAGACGGGAUUGACGGAUGUCGAGGGGCCGUCCAUCGAUCAUGUUUAUGAGAAGAGUAUGCUCCUGGACUUCUGGCGGUACAUCAUUGAUCCAGCUGCAACCGCUGUCGUUGGCAUGAAGACCGGUACACCUAACAAGAUCAACUGUGACGACAUCAAGUCCUAUGGUGGCAUCAACUCGGGUUCAAACCUGAUCCAAAAGGUGUUUGACACCUACCCUGGCAGCGCAGAGGUUCUCAUGCCCAACAAUGCCCAGUUCAUGGAUGACUUUAUCGGUAUGGACCAGUGGACCAACGGUAAUGCAAAGGCCCAGAUCACAGAUCCUCAGGGCACCAAGACCCAGGCCGACAAGAAGGCCUCCAAUGGCAAAGCGGUGAGAGCCAACACGAACAUUGCCAACGCGAAGAGAUGGAUCGAGGAUAAGAUGCUCUUUCUCGAGGCGCUGGCAAUUGGUGUUGAAAUGUUCAAUGUCGAUGAAGCCAAGAAUGCUCUCAUCCGCCAGAACCUCCGCAUUUACCAAACUCUUGUCGAUAUGGACGAGAAUGCAAAGAAUUGCAUGAAGGAUGAUGCCGUCAUCAACGGUGUCUGGUCAUUCGCGGACAAGUACCAGACCUUUAUGGCCGACAGGUUCACUGGCAAUCAGGAUUACUCCAUGAACCAGGGCGUGGUUUAUGCUAAGAACAAACUCAUCACUGCAUUGACAACAGACGUUGCGAAUGCCGCCAACAUUGCGAAUAUUCCUGCAGGUGACCUUACCUCUUGGCAAAAGAGAUUGGCCAACAUGCAAGACGCAAGCCGCGUUUGGGAGGUGUCCGUCACUUUUGUUUGGGCUGGACCAACAACAUCUAAGAGAGAUACCGAUGGUCUCUCUUGUGAUCGUCCCAACCCAUCCUUCACUACUGAGUCUACGGCUGAGCCUACUACCGACUUUACUACAUUUGCGACUUCUAUGAGACCGUCAUCCGACAUUGUUACGAGCGAUGAGGCACCUUCUACAACAGACCAGGUCACUUCCUCCAAGAACCCUCCCCUCUUGACAGAUCUCCCAUCACUCACCCAGCAAGUCCCCGAUGCCACCAUUUCCACUCCCGAUGGUAGCUCAUGUGCUGAGACCGCCACUGUCACCAACUGCAACGUCGGUAUCGGAGGAGGUCACGGUGGACCUGCUUGUGUAGAGAGAGAAACCUGCAACUCAUGGAUCAACACCAAGACCACAAGUACUACUCCCUCACCAACACCUACUCUCACAAAGCCCGAUCCCGGUCAGAAUGAGAAGCACUGCUACAACUCUGGACAGCAGUCCAAUUAUGAAGCUAUCACCUACGCUGCCGAGUCGUUUUGUCGAGAUGUGGUCAACGAUCAGGUCCAAGGUCCGGUCUGGUCGAAUUACAAACUCGAGGGCAAGAAGACACCUAGUACAGGUUACCACUUCAAGCUUGCCUUCCAGGUGAACGAGGGCUGUGUGUGGACGGCAAACUAUGAUGAAUGCAUGCGUUAUAUGAAGGUUCCUAUCGAUAGUUGCAACUGCUCAGCCAAGGGUAACAAGCAGGGUGGAUGGGUUGAGAAUAAUUGCAUCAUGGCCAGGAUCGACCCCAAUAGCGGUACCUGA